UGCAGGACUCAGGCCGGGAGCAGAAAGGUAGAGCAAAACCUCCCCCCCACCCAAGAACCAGGAACCCGCUGGGUUUCAAAGCCCAGAUCAUUCUCAUGUUACUCCACCUGCAAUAAGGGAGGUUCCUGAACCAUUACCCAGCAUCCCUCGGGAUUCAGAAUGAACAGGACCUCAGCUUUUGCCGCCAAGGUCACAACCCAAGGCAACUGGAGUCUCCCGGACAAACUUCUCGUACACUGUAAGAAUACCUCGGACAUUUCUAUCUUUCUGGCCACUUCAUACAGCUUGGAGACUGUCUUGGGCAUCCUGGGAAACACGUGCUUGAUUGGAAUCAUGGCCAGGCAGAAAGCCACGCCCACCAACGUUCUUCUCAUCAAUCUGGUUGCUUCAGAGCUGGUCAUGUGCAUCUUCUGCCUGCCUUUCACCGUCAUCACGGUCUUGUUGAACUACUGGACAUUUGGAGAGGCCAUGUGUAAGGUGACUGCCUUUCUCCAGUGCAUGUCCGUGACAGUGUCCAUUUUGUCUCUUGUCCUCAUUGCUGUGGAAAGGCACCAACUCAUCAUCCACCCAACAGGCUGGAAGCCUGGCCUCCCCCAAGCCUACCAGGGCAUUGCGGCCUCUUGGAUCUUUGCUUCUCUCGUGUCCCUGCCGUUCGUGACCAACUCAACUUUGAGAAAUGGUGGCUUCCAGUGGUCUGCUGGCAUCGGGGACUCCAACAUGGACAAGGCCAUCUGCACUUGCCCGUGGUCUUCUGAGAAGGACAGGCUCACCUACGCCAUGGCUCUUCUGCUGCUACAGUACUGCAUGCCCCUUGCCGUCAUCCUGGUGUGCUACCUGCGGAUCUACCUCCGCCUCCGGAAGAGGGAGGGCCUGUUUGAGAAGAGCAAGCCCACCUGUCCCUUGAAGCACAUCAACCUCCUGUUGGCCUCCAUGGUCGUCGCCUUUGCCGUCUGCUGGCUGCCAUUGCACGUUUUCAACGGCAUCGCCGACUGGAACUACAAGCUCAUUCCCUCCUGCCUCCACGACUUGAUCUUCUCAGUGUGCCACCUGGCAGGCAUGGCGUCCACCUGCGUGAACCCAAUCAUUUAUGGGUUCCUGAACAAAAACAUCAAGAAAGAAGUGAUGGCCCUCCUCGCCAGUUGCCCCCGCCGUUCUUCAGGACAAGAAUAUGAGCAUCUGCGUCUACCCACCAUGCAGACCGAAGCCUCAAAGGGUUCCUUGAAACUAAGUGACCAGCAGGCUCCUGCCCAGCGCCCGUGUUGA